AUGACAGUCCUAUCGAAGUUUCCUUUUGAUCUCGGCGCAAUCCGACAAGAACACCUACUUCUUUGUCUUCCUACGAUAGGUGCUAUUAUUGUUCUUCGAGUCGUCACAGGUGUCGUUUAUAAUCUUUUCCUUCACCCUUUGAAAAAAUUUCCCGGUCCGAAACUUGCUGCUGCGACCAACCUUUACUACUUUUACCGCGUGUUCCGUGGCGAGGAAGCUUCUUGGGUUACUGAAUGCCAUGAAAAGUAUGGCGAGGUCGUCCGAACUGCCCCUGGAAAAUUGAGUUAUAUCUCUCCGCAAGCAUGGAAAGAUAUCACUGGUCAUCGUACAGGAGCACGCCAAGAAUUCCUGAAAGACACGAAGUUCUACAGCCCUGACCUAAACGGCGAUUAUAGUGUUGUGGCGGAACCAACGUCAGAAACGCACGGACAGGUACGCAGGGUAUUCGCCAACGCAUUCAGCGAUAGGGCUUUAAGACUCCAAGAACCUCUUAUCUAUCACCAUGUCAAUAAACUCAACAAAAUCCUUGACAAGACUAUAGCUGCAGACCCAGAGACUCACAUUGAUCUUGUGAGGAUGUACAAUUGUACAACUUUUGACAUUAUGGGAGAUCUUACCUUUGGCGAGCCAUUGGGUAUGUUGGAUACGGGCAAGUAUACGCAAUGGGUCAGGGCAGUAUUUGAGAGUAUCAAAGUUCUCAACAUGUUCCGCCUGGCAAAACAGUACCCUUCAGCAGGGUUCUUGUUAAAAACGUUUAUGCCUCCAUCCCUACGUGGUAAAGAGGUGGAACAUUUCCAGCACUCCAUCGAACGAGUGGACAAGAGACUUGCGAAAGGGACCGAUAUUGGCAAAUCUGAUAUCUGGAAGCUUGUUCUGGAGAAUCAGAAAGUUCAAUUGCCUCUCUCAAAGAUGCAUGCCAACGCAUCAGCCUUCAUGGUGGCUGGCACCGAAACAACAGCGACAUUGCUAAGCGGAAUGACCUACUUGCUUCUUACAAAUCCCGAAAAGUUAAAGAAAGUCGUCGAAGAAGUGCGCGCCCUGUCUAAAGAAGACCUAUCGCUCGAGGUAUUGCCACGCCUGCCAUACCUCAGUGCAUGCUUUCAGGAAACAUUUCGGUGUUAUCCACCAGUGGCAAUCGGCACACCUCGGGAAGUGCCACAAGGGGGUGCUGUGAUCUGUGGCGAAUGGGUGCCAGAGAAGACAAGCGUUGCUAUAGCCCAAAAAGCUGCAUAUUCCUCUGCUCUAAAUUUCAAAGAUCCACAAGACUUUGUUCCUGAGCGCUGGCUGCCUGGUAGCGGAUACAAUACAGACAGGAAAGACGUGUUACAGCCUUUUUCUUUUGGGCCACGUAACUGUAUUGGAAAGAACCUAGCAUAUCACGAGAUGCGUGUCAUUGGUGCUAUGAUACUCUGGAAUUAUGAUCUUGAACUAUGCCCGGAGAGCAAAAGUUGGAUGGACCAGAAGGUGUACACUUUGUGGGAAAAACCGGAGCUCAUGGUCAAGCUCAGACCUGUUCAGAGAUCAUGA